GGUGAUGGUGGUAGUGAUUGUGAAAUAUGCACUAAAGAAAACACGACACUGAAAGAGAAAAUUAAAAGACAAAUGAAAUAAAAAAAUAACCAAGAAAUUAGCAAAUAAAAAGUGAAGUGACAGAUAAAUAAAUAAGUAAAGAAAGAAAAAGAAAAUAAAGAAAAUAAGUCACAGGAAAUGAAUGAGAGAAAAAUAUAUUAAAGAGAAAAAAGUUAUGAUAGAAAAAGAAAGAAAGAAAGAUAUAUAAGACAAUAGAAAAAUAUAAUAAGCAAAGAAGGAAAGAAAAAGAAUACAUAGAAAUAAUUAAAGAGAAAAGAGAGAGAGAGAGAAUGAGACUAGACUUGUACUCCUCCAUCUCUGCCUCUUCUCCUCUUAAUGAAUAAAUAAUAAUAAUGAUAAUAAGGAAGAGAAAGAUUUUUGCCAGUAUGAGGAAGGAGGGGGAGAGGGAGAGCUGAUACUCUCCCCCCUUCCCUUCCCUUCCCUUAAUUCCCUUCCCUUCCCUCCUCUUCCUCUCUUUCUUCCCUCCCUCCUGUUUCUAUUUCUUCCCUUCAUUUUCUUUUCCUUCCCUUUUCUUCCCUUCCCUUCCCUCCCUUUAAUUCCCUUCCCUUCUCCCUCCUUCCUUUCCUCCUUCCUUCCUUCCUUCCUUCUUGAUUUCCUUCUUUCUUUUCCUUCCAUUUCUUUUCCUUUCUUUCCCCUCCCUUUCCUUUCCUUCUCUUCACUUUCCCCUCCCUUUCCUUUCCUUCUCUUCACUUUCCCUUCCCUUUCCUUUCCUUCUCUUCACUUUCCCUUCCAUUUCCUUUCCUUCUCUUCACUUUCCUUUCUCUUCCUUUUCCUCCCUUUUCCUUCCUUCCCUCUUCUCUCCUCUCCAUUCCAUCCUUUCCCAUCCCUUUCCAUCCCUUCCCUUCCCUUCCCUUCCCUUCCCUUCUCCUGCUCUUCAAAAUGGAUGCGUUAGCAGGAGACAUUGAAAUCCACCUUCCCCCUGAUGAGGAAGAAGACCCACAUGUGAGGGUCACGGGGUCAGCUGAGACAGUGAAGAUCGCUGGGUCACUGGUGCGGCAGUAUCUGGAACCCCCCAACAGAGUGACUAUGAAGAUGGACGUUUCAUGGACGCACCACUCACACAUCAUCGGCAAGGGGGGCAACACCAUUCAACCUGUGGUCAAGAGAACAGGCGUGACCAUCCACUUCCCUGACGGCAACAAGAGCAGUGAGAUGAGGAAGAGCAACCAGGUGAGCAUCAACAGCCGAGGCGAGGACCUGCACGGCCUGGAGGAGGCACGCAAGGCCAUCAGGAGCCUCACGCCCCUGGACUUCAACUUCACCAUCCUCUCCACCGUCCAGUUCAGCGGUGCCAUUGUGGACUCGACCAUGCUGGUGCUACAUGUGCAGAGUACUUUUGGGGUUAAGGUUGAGUUGAGGGUGCUGAAGGAGAUGACUCUGGUUGGUGUGGUGCGAGGGAGUGAGGAGGAGGCCCAGAAUGUCAUUGAUGCAACCAAACACAUUCUGCAGGCCUACUGUUGCAACCUGGCUAACCAGGUGCCCAUCCAGAUGACGAUGGAGGUGUCGCCGCAGCACCACGCCUUCGUCAUGGGCCGCAACCACGAGCACAUGAAGCGCAUCAUGCACCGCACCUCAACCAACAUCACCUUCCCGGACUGGAAUGACUCCUCGCUGCCCCAGAUCAAGAAGUCCACGAUCACCAUCUCCGGCUCCAUUGAGAACGUGUACCUCGCGCGACAAAACAUUAUCGGCUCCCUUCCGCUGGUGCUGAUGUUCGACCUCGCGGCGGGCACGGUGACGGACAUGGCGGAGGUGACCCAGAUGAUGCAGAUGCUGGACGUGCAGAUCAUCAUCAAGACCAGUCGACCCGAUGGACGCCGACCUGUGGUGGUGAAGGCAGCUGAGAGGAAUGCAGAGAACCUGUAUGAAGCCUGGCGGAUGUUGAACAAGGUGGAGGCGACCAUUCCCAAAGCCAGCAUCCCUUCCCUGUACCAUGUCACAAGCUCGGUGCACAACCUGAACUCUUGCCAUGGCCUCGUAGGGUGGACGGGGGGCGACCGAGGUGACCCCUCCCCCCUCCCCUCCCCCUCCCCCACCAACACCCCCACUCCCCCCACACCCCAGCUCAACUCCCUCUCCAACACCUCUCUCUGGGGCGGCCUCACCUCCUCCGUCACCACCACCACGCUACUGUCACACCCUCGUCAUGACCCUAUGUCCCCAACUUCCACCUUCUACAACGGCAACCCGUUCUGCAAUGGUGCCGUCAACUACAACAACAACAACAACAGCAAUCACCACAACCUCGGCGGCUUCAAUAAUAACAACAACUACAUCUUGCCGCCCCCACACGCCUUCCCUGGCAGCGGUGGAUCAGUGGCCGCCAACCUCGACUCCUUUGUCCUCAGCAUGAAGGGAAUAUCGCUGGCUAAUGGCGAGCUCUCGUGUGGCACCAGCACCAACAGCGGCAGCUCCUUCUCCUCCCCGUCACACUCCCCCUGCGACUCGCCCCCAGACCAGACCCUGCUCACCCUCCCCCCCAACACCACUGCCGCCACACCCACCACCACGGCUGCCAACGCCCCCACCACCACCUGUGCCACCCCCCUCAACCACUUCUCGGAGGACGCAACGCAGACCUCGGCGGACAUGGAUACGUUGUCUGCACUGCUGAAGGACCUUGACUGGCGUGCGCCGGGGUGCGAGAAAAAUUACCUUGAACGCGUGGCCGCACAGAAGACACUCUCUGACUACAGUUCCAAGAAGGUGGAGGCUGCCCGGGCCAUGAAGCAGGACGUUGGUUCUAACCCGCGCACCCCCACCUCCAGCUGGUCUGGCUAUGGCUUCAGCAAGAGCAUGCCGGGCUUCAUGAUACGACAGAAGCUGCAGGAGGCCAAGGACAGUGUGCAGAACGGAGUGGCCAGGAAUGGACUAGAGGAGUGGGGCGACACCUGGCAGCAGAAGAAUGACGGUGGUGGUUGUAACGACAGCAGCGGAGGUGGAAGAGUGAGUGGACUGAGUGGCUACACGUCCCCCGCCUCCUCUGCUCAGACGGUGGCCAGCCUCAACUAUCACAACAUGGCCCAGGUGGCGAAUAAGUAUCCUCUAACAAGCGACAAGGUUCUGAUGGGCCUAAGUGGGCGCCCUGACGUCAACCUGUCCGCCAGCAACUUCAUGGACUGUGUGUUGAAGCGACGGGACAGGGACAACACCCUCUCAACUGUCACGCCCACCGCCGGCCGCCACACUGCCCCUGCCCAGCACCUUGACAUAACCUCAAUACUCACGGACAUAGAGUUGCCGCAGUAUAUUGACAUGUUCACGGGACAGGAGGUUGACCUCAACAUGUUCAUGACGCUGGAAGACCACGACCUCAAGGAGCUGGGCAUCACCAUAUUUGGACACCGCAAGCGCAUCCUCAUGGCCAUAAAAGAGAUGUCUUGCAAGCUGUCUCUCUUUGGCAGUGGAGUGGGUGGAAGGAGCACUAACAGAGGCCUGGGUGGAGUAGUGAGCCGAGUGGACCAUCGCCUCAACCCAUCCACUCUCGGUCCCUCCACUGUCCCCUCUGGCUCCUCCUCCUCCUCCUCUUCCUCCCCGGCAGCUACUUGGACAAACUUGUAGGCAGGGACACGCUAUCAAGGGUCUGUAUCUUAUGGCUGCUACUACUGCUACUACUACCACCACUACUACUACUACUAACCAUUGACUCGUAGGCUUAAUAUUCAGACCAAAACCUGACACAUUGAAGGGAAGGGAAGGGAAGGGAGGGGAGGGAAGGGAAGGGCUCUUGACAAAUGAUAUAUAGAGGGAGGGAGAAGGAUUGAAGUGUAUUUUUAUAGGAUAACAAUAGGCUUAGAUCUUCUUUAUGAUGCUAUUCUGACACACCAGGGAGAGGAGCUUACAUUGCUCGCUCAAGGUUCAAGGAUAAGCGACAGAAAUUAUAGAUGUGUAGACAUUAGUGAGUGAGUGAGGGCGUGAAUGGAUGGAUACAAGGAGAGGGAGAAACACACACACACAUUUGACUAGAAAAACCUUUGUAGGGGAUGAAAAUAAGGAGAGAGAGGGUGCGUGACUUCUUAUAAUGAAAAACGCUUGACUUAGAGAGAAUAAAGAAGGAAGAAAUACGUGUGUGAAUGCGUUAACAGGAAAAGAAGAAAAAAAGGAAAGAUUACAUGACGUACUUAAAACUUGUAAUGGGAGACACCUGACUUAUUUGAGAGUAUGUGGAGAAGGAAGGAAUCUAUAAGUAUGACACAGGAAAAGGACAAACACAGACAUUUGACCCAUGAAAAAAACCUUGUAGUGAGUGGUGAGACAGAAAGAUUGUUACAUUACUUACUCAAGAUUGAAAUGAAAGAUACUUGACAGAGAGAAUGUUACGGAGAAAAAGGAGGAACACACACAUGCAUUUGACUUAGAAAAACACUUUGAUGGUGAAGAUUAGGAUAGAGAGGUUAAAUUACACUACUCAAGCUUGCAAGAAAUAUUACAGACUUUGAGAAUGAAAAAGAAUGAAUGAAGGAGAAAAAGGAGGAACACACACACAUAAAUUUGACUUCGAAAAAACUGGGGAAACUUAGAGAAAAAAGAAAGGUUACGUUACACUGCACUACUUAAACCUCUAAUGGAAAACACUUGACUUCCAUAGAUAAGGAGAACCAUAGCAUAUAGUGAAUGACUGAGUGUGUGAAUGUGCUGCAAGGAAGGGAGGAACACACACAAAUUUGACUUAGAAAACCAUUAAUGGUGGACACUAGAGGUCACUUACACACUUGAGACUGAAAAUACUAAUGUAGAAUUUAAUGCAAGAUGAGGAAAAGGACUUUGUGAUUUACUGAUGGACUUAGUGAUGGAUGAAUGCCAAUACUUAAGGUUGUUAUAGGAGUGGACAUACUAGACUGAAUAAGAAUAGAAUUUAAUGAAAGAAAAAGGAGAAGGACUUUGUAAUUUAGUGAUGAAUGAAUGGCAAUACUAUACAAGGUUACUAUAGUGGAAAUACCAGAAAAUAAUUAUAGAAUUUAAUGAAAGAGAAAAGAAAAGGACUUUGUAAUUUAGUGAUGAAUGAAUGGCAAUACUAUACAAGGUUACUAUAGUGGAAAUACCAGAAAAUAAUUAUAGAAUUUAAUGAAAGAGAAAAGAAAAGGACUUUGUAAUUUAGUGAUGAAUGAAUGGCAAUACUAUACAAGGUUACUAUAGUGGAAAUACUAGAAAAUAAUUAUAGAAUUUAAUGGAAGAUAAAGGAGAAGGACUUUGUAACUUGUGAUGAAUGAAUGGCAGUGGUUACUAUCGUGGAAAUACUAGACUGAAUAUAGAUCACUAGCUCAAGAAGGAGAGAGAAAGUGAUUAAAAUGUUAGAUAAAAAAAGUUGAGACAAAGAAAACUAAUGACUCGAGAAGGAGAAAAAUAUAGUUGGGUAAAGUAAAUGUUACGGACAAAGGAAGUGAGGUCAAGAAAGUAACUCCAGGCUUGAAAAUACAUCAGAAAAAGAUAAACACUGGCUCAAGAAGGAGAGAGAGAAAGUGAUUAAAAUGUUGGAUAAUGAAAGUUGAGACAAAGAAAACUAAUGACUCGAGAAGGAGAAAAAUGUAGUUGGGUAAAGUAAAUGUUACGGACAAAGGAAGUGAGGUAAAGAAACUAACUCCAGGCUUGAAAAUACAUCAGAAAAAGAUACACACUGGCUCAAGAAGGAGAGAGAAAGUGAUUAAAAUGUUGGAUAAAGGAAACGAGACAAAGAAACCAACUCCCGACUGAAAAAAACACGUGAAAAAGAGAUGGAUAUGUUCGCUCAAAAAGUCCUCGGUGUAUGCAUUCAAACUCUACUAACUAAACCAUGACCUCUGUGGCCCGAUACAUACUCGUCUGUGACUCGUCUGUGACACGUCUGGCAACCAAAAGCCAUACAUGAUAGCCUGUUACGUAUAAGACCUCCCUGUAUGUAUGUAUGUAUGUAUGUAUCCGCAUGUGUUGCUAUAUAUAAGAACAAACAGUCCCUCAAUUUCUACACACACAAAUGCAAAUAAUUGUUUUUAUUAGUUCAAUGUAGAAACAAAAGGACAUCAACAAUUAGAUCUUUAGUUUGUUUACGUAUAAAGUUUGUCAUGUAAACAUUAUAUAUGAAAGGACUUAAGUGAGGGAUUUGUAUAGGAAUUUAAGUAUUAGUAUAAGUCUUGUAUAUUGUGUGUGUGUGUGUGUGUGUGUGUGUGUGUGUGUGUGUGUGUGUGUGUGGUGCCUUGUGAGUAAGAGUCAAUAUUGCUGUGAAUUCUGCCUGGUCAAGUGCCUUGUAUGGAGCAAUAGAAGGAGAAGGAGGAGUAGGAGAAAGAGGAAGAAGAGGAGGAGGAGGAGGGGGAUAAAGCAACCCUCUUCUUGCAUAAUAAAACUCUUCUCUUCCUUUCAUAUAUAAGAAACAGAGGAAGAAGAAGAAGAAAGAAGAUAGAUAAGGAAAAGAAGAAGGAGGAGGAGGAGGACGAGAAGUAGUAAUAUCAAUAGGAAUAUCAGGAAGAGGAAGAGGAGGAGUAGGAGAGAGAUGGACAACAAGACCUGUUUCUACUAUAACAAAACUCCUCCUUCUCCUUUCCAUUCCUCCACACACACAUACACCCAUCCGGCCCUAUGUGCGUAUCCGUGUCUGUGUGCGUGCUUAUUAAGGGACAAAAAUGGCCUAGAUCCCGCCCUGACAAUCGACCUUAACUCUUCAUAUCCGUUACCCGCCUUUACGAUCGACCUUACUACAUGUUCAUUACGAGUCUAUAUACUUGUGAUAUUAAUUAAGCUAAUGGGAGAUUGUGUGAGCCAGGCCGAUUACAUAGUCAGUCCGUCAGUCAGUCAGUCCCUUCAUUCAGUUAGUCAGUCCGUCAGUCAGUCAGGAAGAUGAAUUUGCAUUGUAUAAGUCCUGCGAAAUUGAGUCCGUUUUUCCCUCGUGUGUUUUUAUAUGAAUUUUGCUGUUUAUUAUUAUCAUUAUUAUUAUUAUUAUUGAUGUUCUUUGAUGUUGAGGGUUUUGAGUUUUCUUAUGAGUAGAUGUUUAUUGAAAGAAAAAUUUUGAUGUUUCUCUUUUUGUUUAUUUAUUUACGUGUCUUUGAACAGAUAGACGAAAUAGCUUGAAAAUAAAAAGAAAAUUGUCAGAAAAAAAAAACGAAUAAGUUUAAAAAAAAAAAGAAAAUAGUGUGAAAAGAAACAUGAACUAGAAAUUAAUUAAAGACGAAUUAUUAAUAAUGCCUGGAAUUUAUCGAUGAAUUUAUUUACUUUUUUUAAUUCAUGCGCGAGAGUUGCCGGGACAAAAAGGUGGAACUAGAUCGCCAAUUUGUCCUUUUUUUUAACAGGCGCUUCAAGAAAAGUUUUAUUUUGAACUGAUACUUUUGUUUUUGAAUUUAAUAUUAGCAUGCAUGAAUUUUUGUCGUUUGGUAUGAGUUGAGUUGUCUUUAUCAUUUUAUUUUCUGCUCGAGUGUUUAUUCUGUUUAGAGGAAGUCAAUUAUUAUCAUUGAAAAAGUUUAUUAUUUUCUGUUAUUUAUUAUAAAGUUUAGGUUUAGAUUAAGUAAAAAGUUUGUAUCCGUGAAUGUAGAAGGUUUUGUGAGCUAUUAAUUUUGGUGUUCUUUAGAAGAAAAAAUCAUUAUUAUUAUUAUUCAUGAAUUUAAAAGUUAUUGUCAAUUACUAUAUUUUCUACUAAUGUCUUCUUCAAUUGUUCUUUGCAGGAAUUUAUACAUCUAAUUAUACAUGAUCAUUAGAGUUUCUUUAUCUUGUUGAGAGAGAUCAAUAUUAUCAUUCAUCACUUUAAAAGGUUCUUGUGAAUGAUCAUUUUUAUCUACUCAGUGAAUUACUCGAUAAACUGUUCAUAUUUAUAUAUUGAACCUUCAAAACAUUUUAAAUCUUAUUAUUCAUGACUUUAAAGAUUUUGUCACUACUAUUUUUCUACUCCAGCAUAUUUUUAUUAUUAUUAUUAUUCAUGAAUUUAAAAAGUUCUUGUGGAUUAUUUUUCCACUCUAAGAGAAAUUCAAAUUAUUAUUCAUGAAUUUAGAAGUAUAUGUGAAUUAGUAUUUUUUCUACUCCGUGUUCUUGAGAGGAAUUUCCAUCCGUAAUUUAGUCAUUCCUGAAUUUCCGUUCGUAGCGGCGUCUUGCUUAUGUUGUGGUCUAGCUAGUCCGUGUAGUUUAGGAGCGGCGCAGGAAGGCCAGGCAAGGCAGGGCAAGGCAGGGUAGGGCAGGGCGGCCACUCGCACCGCCGACUCGUUUUAGAGUUUUAUUUCUUUUACGUGUUGCCAAGAGUUUGUUUUAGUUCAUGUUCAGUGCAGCGGGCAGCCCCCUGCAUGGCUGCCGCCCCCCUCCAGUGUGGGGGGGUGGCGGCUGAUGCACUUUUAGCAAAUAUGUGAAACUUCAAAAAAAAGUUUAUUUUGAGGUUUUCAAAAUUUUGAUUUGUUCUGUUUUGAAUAAAGAUUCCAUAUUAAUAA